AUGUUACAUCCUGGAGUUAGACUCACCAAAAGAGUAUACAGACAAUCACAGCCAUUGCUAAAAAAGAAUGAACAUGAAAUGUUGUUCAAUUAUUCAAAGAGAUUGUUGCAGACUAUACGAUUUCUUAUCAGUUUAUCGAGAAAAUCACUUAUCAAAAUAAUCAGAGUGAUUUUCUUGCAGAGAUCCACUUUGAGUACCUUUGCAUUUGCCUAUAUUUUUGAAGUUCUACCCAAAUUAUUAACAAAUACAGUUUAUCAUUUAUUUCAAUUACGAAUGAAGGGGUUAGGGAAUGAAACUUUAAAGAUUUUAAUUGGUCCAUUAGAUCCACAAAGAUUACCUAUUUUCAUGACAAAACUAGUGGCCACAUUAAAUGCAUUUACCCCGAUUUACAGUUCAAUCCUACUGCCGCAUAUGUCAAAUAACAAAUUGUCCUUUUAUAGUUCAUUUUUGGCAGCAUUUACCUCGGCAUUGUUAAAUUUCCCUAGUUUCCAACACCACAAAUUGAAACAUGAUAGAUAUUACACGUUAGACUGGACUCUAAUCCUAGUAACUAGAGCAUUAGAUACAUUGAUUAUAUCCAAUUUCAAAUCCAUCUUCCACACAAAUCUGAAAACAGCUAAAAGAGUUGGUGCUUAUGGAGAUAUAGUUUUAUUUGUAUGUGCUUGUUUCUUUAUUAUGGAUUCCUGGUUUUUUGAACCAGAAAAAUUGACCCCACAUUAUGCCAAAUGGAUCUCCAAAGCAUCACAUGUAGAUGAAAAUGUAUUAUUAGGGAUAAGGUAUCUUAGAGAUGGGGAAUUAGAUUAUCAUCCUGCCAAACCAUUACCACAUCAAAAACAUUUUGAAGAUUUUUGCAUUAAAUAUAAUAAAGAUCCGAAAUUAGGAGAUUUGAAUCAAAUUGAUAAAAUUCCGUGUGAAAUUCUACAUCAGUUCACCACCAAAAGUUGCUGGAAACACGUUUUGUUAUUAUUUUGGGUUCAAUUCAAGUUUGCAUUCAAAUUGUAUGCCACUUUAAAUACUUUUUUAUUUGUCUUUAUUAAAAAGUUCAGGGGAAGUCCGUUAAAAAAUUUAUAUAAAACAAUUCGAUCGGCUUCAUUUUUAGGUGCAUUUACUGGUAUACAUUGGGCAGCUUUCUGUUUCAUUAGAAAUAAUCACCCAAAUUGGUUCGGACAAAAAUUCUGGGACAUUUUAGCCCCAAAAGCAGGGUCUGCCUUGUGUGGAACCAGUAUUUUAUUGGAAUACCCAAGUCGUCGGAAUGAAUUAUCUUUAUUUGUUUUGCCUAAGGCAUUAGGGACUUUUAUCGAUCCAACCCCCACUGAAACAAACAUAGCAACCGAGGUGAUAGCUUUUAGUUUAAGUUUUGCAGUGUUGAUAGCCUAUGCUAGACUGCAACCAAGUAAAUUGAGAGGGUUAGUGGGUAAAGGAUUGAGUUACAUGGUUAAACAUUAG